CAUCGCUCGUCAUUCGCCUGCUGACUCGAUCACCGCAAACUCACCUCUCUCUUGUCCUUCCAUCGUCCCAGUCUAAUACCCCUCCUUCUUCUCCCCCAAGACAACCAACCUUCCACAAAGCAACAUGGAAACCACGACCGACAGCCCCCUCUCCUCCUACAUCGCUGACGACGCGCCCUGGAGCGCCUACCCCCCUGUAGUCCUCCGAGAACAAUGCAUUCGACGGACUCUCUCCCCAGUAGGUGAUGCCAACGAGUUGCGCUUCCGCCUCGACGACUAUCACCAGCGCCACAAGCGCGAAGAGCGUGCCCAUUUCCCCUGGCGCGUUGCGAAGGACAUUGCCUACACCAGAGCAGAGACCGAGGCUCAUGCGAAAACCUUUCGGGUGCUGAGAGUGCUCGACCGCAGCUCCUUGGGUAGGAUCGAGAGCCAUUUCAACCUUGUUGGGGGGAGCGGCAAAUAUAUGACGGAUUACGCCAAUGUUACUAUUGGUAGUAAUCCGACUUGUAACUGCGCUUUCAAGAACACAAAGACAGAUGCCGGCUACAGCAACUGGACCUGUCCGCACAUCAUCUACGUCCUCAAGUACAUUCUCGGCUGCCCGAAUCCCCUGCGCUUCCAAGCCGCGUUUCUCUUCGACGAGCUAGUCAAGAUCUACCGGUACAGCACCGUCUUUGAGCUGAUCGACCGCUACGGCCUUCAUCUCCCUCGCGUUAGUCGGCCGCGGAAGCCCCAGCCCCGCCUAAACUACCUCCCCUGCCAUGACAUUUACCCGACCCAAAUCUGCACGAUUUGUUUCCGCCUCAUCCGUUUGGAACAGACUGAGAGAACGAGGCCUUGUAGUUCCUGCGGGCUGCCUGUUCACCGUUCGUGUCGCACCCUGGUAAGACGUCUUAGUCGGACUGGUUGGAGCCCGGAGACAAGGGAUAAAAAGUGUUCGCUUCAUCAUAACAGAUCGGCUUGGAGGACAUACCUGGAUAUUGUCUUAAGAGGGGCAGCGGCUGAUCCUGUUGUGGCUAAAUAUCGGGCUAAGAUGGAGAAAGCUAUUGCAGAGGCGAUGGAAGACGUCGAGGAUGUUGAGAUGGAGGACGUUUGCGACACUGACUUUUGGCUUGAGGGUAACGAGCUUGAGAUGGAGGAUAGCUCUGACUCUGAGGACGAUGACGACGACGACCAACAGGCGGUUGAUGGCGUCAACAAGCAAGAAGAUAACGCCGACCAAGCCUCCACCGCUACUGAUAUCGCUACCGCCAAUGUCACCAGUGACGGAGAGCGCGAGAUGACUCUCUGCAUCAGGCUUGGUCGAGGUGUCAACGACCAAGAAUGACUUGCUGAGAGGUCAUGUUUUUGAUGGCUUGGGAGAAGAUGUCCAGUGGCAUCAGGAACAGGUGACUGGAAAAUCGAUGUCUAGUGGCAUCGUGAAUUCGGGAUUGGUGGUCAAGCGACCUUCUCCGAAACAAGAUGAUCUUGAAAAGCAAGAGUAAUUCUUCAAGGAUCUGACGGGGUUUAACGUUGCUUCAGGCAACUUAGCUCACACUUCCUCGUGGUCU